AUGGCCAAUAACUAUAUGACACACAAAAUCAAUGGCCAUGUACUCCAAGUCCCAACCCCAGGCGUGGACUAUGGGCUCAAGAACGAUGAUGGCUUCGAUCCUUCCAAAUAUGAUUUUUACAAUCCUUCCAAUCGCAGCGCUGCCACGGCGUUUUUGGUACGCCUAGACGAACAACAUUCGACAUCUGAGGCUACACCUUUCGGUGCUCCACACGUCUCUUCAGAACCCUGCGAGACGGACAGCCCACCCCCAUUAUCACCUAUAGCGGAAUUGGAUGACGACCUCAAUACUGUCAGGCCGUGGCGCAGCUCCGAUCGUGGUCUCGCUGCCUCAAUUGAGAGCGAAGAACCCAAAACUCGUGACUUUUCUCUGGAAGACCCCCCUGAUAAUAACGAAAAUGCGAUUGAAUCAAUCGCGCCUCUGGAGAAGCGCUCGGAGCUGCUCUUCUCUCGCGAGCAUCUCCAAUUGAUCCUUGCAGACUCUACAUUGUCUUUGAACUUCACUGACUUCCUGCGCACAUAUCGGCCAGACUCUGUUCCUAUACUCGCUUACUAUCUUGAUGCCGUCAAAGCAUUGAAAACUAUCAGAUAUGCAGAGGCUAUCAUCAGAGGCCUUGAACCGAUCCCUGGUCAUGCCUUUACCUCAGAAGCCAACAGCGCCACAAUGGCUUGGGUCAUGGAGGACAAGGCUGAUCGAGCGUUGGAUGUUCUUGUAAAAGACGAUCUACCAGCAUUCAUCGCAUAUAUUUAUGUUCGGACAGUUGACGUGGCAUUGGUAGACAGGGUCACUGGAAAGGAGGAUCCGGGAUCGCCCGGCAUUGCGGAUGGCCUGGCUGAAGUCUUCGUGCUCUCAGAUCCGUCUCGUCCAGACAAUCCAAUUGUCUUCACUUCCGAAGAAUUCCACAGAAUGACAGGAUAUCCGAGGACUGAAUUCCUUGGGCGCAAUUGCCGCACACUGGGAGGAGCAAGAACAAGCCUGUUUGGGAUUUCUCGCUUUCGUUCCUCCCUUGAUGCUGAGCGGGAACACUGCGAAGUCCUACUGAAUUAG